AAGCUGGCUAGCUAGCAGGUAAAACAGCAAUCAAUCUGGCUUCCACUGAAAUCGGCUGGAGAGGUCUCCCUGAAUACAAGGCCGGGGUGGAGGUUGGCUCUUUGUCUGCCUUGUUCACACAGAUGAUUGUUUGUUUUGUUUGUUCAUCAUGCCAAAAACCAGAAGUGGCUGCCUGAUUUCUUCUUCCAAACCAAGCACCUUCUCCACCCCCCACAUCUGUGAACUUUUGGUGGAGGAGUUCCUGGCUUAAAUGGUGUCUGUGGAGUUAAAACACUCCUUCCUGUGCAGAGAGCCCAGUGCAGAUGGACAGCCUGUGCAGUGAUCAGUCAGAGAGAUCUUAAGGUGUAGUAAUGCCCUUUUAAAUUUCUUUGGAGACGAGAAAACUUGAGAAAAGGGGGUCUGGUUGGUGCAACUGGUUGGGAUUUUGAUGUGAUUGCUUACCAUCAUCUGAACAGCUAUAGAAUACCAGGCACACCCUUUCACACACAAGUAGUUGGUUGCAUGACCUGAAAUAAGAGCAAGGAUAAAUAGAGUAAUGUAGAAGAAUUUUAUUGCUAACAGCAGUUGUCAGCUCUGGGUUCUGGAGGUCGCACUCCUCAUAUUCCUUACACCUCUGCUUCCUGUGUCCAGGUCAUUUGGGAUCAUUCUGAAGCAAGAGCAUCCACCAACAAACGUAAGGCUCUCGGGGUAAGACCCAAUGGAUCUGGAGUACCAGAUGGAUCUCAUAAACUUGGAUGAUAAAAUGGCAGUCACGUUUAGUGCUGAUUACAUACAAAUUUAAUCUUAACGUCCUCUAUUCGGUUCCAAACUGUCUUUUUCUGCCAAGGUAUGAGAUCUUAAGGAUGUAAGAGACCUGUGGAAAUUAGCUGAGCUUCUGGACCAGCAUGUAAGGCAGCACUGGAGAAAUGGUUAGGCAAGAAAUGAACAACAAAAGCAGUCGUUAUGUCACGGUACGCUUCUGUGGGUGCCCACACUGGGGAUUCUCAGUGCUGUUUUACUCCCCCGCCUCUCAGAUGAUGUAGGAGAAGUGGGAAAGGUGUAGAGAGGUGAUCAGAGAUGCAGAGCAACUUUCACGGGGUGAAUGAGUGGGUGGAGUGGGAUUUUCAGGCUUGGAAAUAGAUGUUGAGUGGAGGAUGAGAUGGUUCAUUAAAUGGCAGCUGGCAUUAAGAAGAUAAAGGGUUCAGGUGUCAGGGAAGAGCUGACUGCUUGAGGAGAGUGACAAGCAGGUGGGGGGGUUGCUGCAAAGGGUACGUGGUGUUACCUUAUGCAACACAAAGUGAAGCUACGAACCUUCCUGGUGCAGCAUAGCAGAUGCCAGAGCGUUCUUGUUUGAAAAAUGGUUGGACACAUUCAUGCAGGAAAAACGUGUUGUGGGCUGUAGAGUGGAAAAGUAGCACUGUGUGUCGGUGUGCACUGUGGGGAGACUGCCUGGGGUGUGCUAGGGGCAUUUACCUGCCUGCAGAUCCCUGUCUUGGUUCUCAGAGCAGGAAACAGAGAUAGAUGGCUAUGUCAUUCUGGUCUGGGUUUUUUUCCUAUGGUAUGGUCUAGGUGCUGCUUCUUUCAGCCCUGACAGGCUGAGCUGGAAUAGAUGAGGUGCAAACCUCCAGCUGGCUCGAGGCACAGAACUCAAAUGCAGUCAUUCUGAAUAAUUCUUGGCUGGAAUGCUGUACUAUUUUUGUCAUUGUCAGAAAGAGUUCAGAGCAGCAAGCCAGGCAGAGUCGUCUUACUGAUGUGGUGACAGACAAAAGGACGUUACAACUGUAAAAUCAUUUUGCCAAAAUGUUGAGCGCCUACUGGGGAGGGAUUGAGUGUAUUGAAUAAAGGUGAAUGUUAAUUAGUAGAUGCAGGAGUUCAGGCUUGUGUUGUGAUGGUACAUGUGGCAUAGUUACGUGUCCAGGUUUCACCUGCUUAAUGCCCAUGGCUAUGUUAAAUACUCUACUAAGUGCUUAGUAUGAUAGCUGAGUUGUAAACCCUAACACGUGUAGCUCAGAAAAUACCAUGUCUGCCAACAGCAAUCAUCUUACGUUCAGAUGGCAUUCAAAUAUUUACCAGAGAAAGGAAUUAAAAGUGCACAGUCCAGUCUUGUUCUGCAGAAGGUACAGAAGUCAUGGAAUAUUUAUCCGACAGCCAGAAAUUACAGGGAAAAAGCACAGGAGACAAAAACAAACCAACAAUGUGACAACAUUUCUGUUUACCCAGGUAAAUCUGCUGCUUUCUUGUAGAGCAAGCAAGGGUACAUGCAUAAAUGUGCUGAGAUCAGAGCUGCUGCAGUGACAGCUGGGAAAUCUCAGGUGGGUCAGAUGAAGUGCUUUCAGCUGGUUUAUCAGAAAUUAAUGGUGUUUUGGCAACGUCAUGGUUGCAAUACUCGAAAAUAAGGCUGGGUUGUGGCAGGAGUUCACGCAGAUGGGAUGUGUGUUGUGAUCGAGGAGCUUCCUUGAAGGAACAGGCAGAGAUUCAUUCCUUCCUCCCCCAAAAUACACCAAAAGCACCCAAACAAAAGCAACCACAGAACUAACAAGCUGUUGCCUUGGGCUGGUUCAUUGUUAGCUUAAAGCUUUGCAUGAUUUUUAACAAAAAAAAAAACACUUUUUUUAUUUUUAAGAUGGAGAAGUGAAGGCAAAGUCAUUGCGUGAAGCAUCAGGAUAUGCUCGGUUACAUUUGGGGGUUGGACUCAGUGAUCUCUAGAAGUCAUUUCCAACUCCUACAAUUCUGUGAUACUUACCUUGCUGUACGUGAUGUAGCCUGGAGAAAGUCAUGCUGAGUACCAGGAAAAUGUAAGGGAGCUCCAAUGUGUGGAUGUAAGUGGUGGUAUGGACAGGAGUCCCCUCUGACCGUAGGGUUUGCCCCGUGUCAGUCAGCCAGCUUCUGCCUUAUUUAGUCCUUUAGCGUGCAUCAGAGAAUUGCCUUUACCUACUGUAAUGGAUGUGCAAUCAUAGAAUGCUCUUUACUCCGUGAUAUGAUAGUGUUUGAAGGAAACCAGUCCAGUGUUACCAGACAUGUAUGCACGUAUGUACCAUUAGGAAACUGAGGGGUGACUGCUUUGUAUUCGAGCAGCCUUUCAUAGAAUCAUAGAAUGGCCUGGGUUGAAAAGGACCACAGUGCUCAUCCAGUUCCAACCCCCUGCUAUGUGCAGGGUCGCCAACCAGCAGACCAGGCUUGCCCAGAGCCACAUCCAGCCUGGCCUUGAAUGCCUCCAGGGAUGGGGCAUCCACAGCCUCCUUGGGCAACCUUUACAGAAUGCUAAGAUGUUCUGUGUGAUGUAUCUGGAAUUAAGAUCUGCUGUAUGAGUUUUAGCACAGCUCUUUACAGGAGAGACUUGACUGUAGCUUGUGCAAGACGUGUUUGACUCGGCCAUGUCUUCCAACCGGACCAUUGCUCUGACACUGUCAUAAUGUUCAGGUUGUGCAGGUAGCUCUGUACAUGUGUGAGAACACUUACCAGAGGGAACACACAUAUCAGGCAUCGUGAAAGUAUGUCUUGUGAUCGCUGAUUCACCCACGCUGGUGCUGCUUUGCUUACUCUGUCACUUCUCUAAUAGCUGUCAGUAGGAAUUCAGGCUGUUUGGCGUGGUGAGGUGCAGCCUCAUUCUUCCCAGAAGAGGGGUGCUUUGCCCUGCUUGUGUUUGGGGAGGUUUUACUGGGAGAAAAGCUGUGCCAGCAAAUGGAUUCACUUACAAGAAGUUGGGAUUAUACAAAAUUACUCUGAGCCUUAAAUUCCUUUAUAGACAUAAAACAAAUUUGCCUGCUGCAGAGUGCAUGAACUCAUCAAAAGAGCUUAAGUCAGAGGUUCUGCCUCGAAGUCUGCAGUUGCGGAAGCACUUUGUGAAAUGUGAGUAUCAUCAAUACACACACAACCCUCCUACGCAUGCACACGGCUCUCAGCUUUGGCUUGGAGGCUGCUACAGCAGAAGCAGCCUUAAGAUAGAAGGAGAAUGCCACUUGCCUGUGUUCUUUGGUGUAGAAGCUAAGGAGGCACAUACAGAUCAUAAGCAUCUCAAACAUCCUUGACUACGUGGUGUUUAUACAGCGUGAAAUGUGUGCAAGGAAAGCUGUUCUUUGUCUGCUAAGUCUACAGAGUAAAGCAUUCUGAAGUCAGAAAACUGCAUACAGAGGUAACAGCAAAAGCCUGGCUCUUCUCAGCUAGUGUAUUGUGUUAACCAGAUGUCAGGUUCUUUGGGACAUUAUCACCUCAAUUCUUGUUUUGGCUCUUACUGUGGGGUUUCUUGCAGGUGAAAUGAAGACUGUUUAAUUCAUACCGCUGAACACACUGUGUUACAGAGGGCAGAUUCCUCUGUAGGGACAUUGGUCACGCUUUUGUUUAAGGAUUCACUUGUCCCUGUCAGGCUGCUGGCAGUCAGCAGUGCCCAGGAGCACUGAGCUGGAGUUGGUUUGGAGCUUUUCUGCAAUUCUGUUCAGGUUUGAAACUUUUCCCUUUCCUUCUUUGUGUCAUCAGCAAAGUCUGUGAUCGUAUAACAUCUAUGAGCAGUAAGCAUGCUGCUGCAGGCACCCCACAGCACCCACACCAAGCAGGCACUCAUUGUAAUGCUGCUCGUGGAUAGGUCCAGACUAACCAGCUCUGGAGGGUUACGUACAAGUUUAGGUUAGCUCAUUUACUGGCAUGGGCUCUGAUGCAAUUUUGGCCUUGCUUCCUAUUUUGCAUUCUGCUGAAGAAUUGUACUUACAACCAGAAUGACAUCACAGAACCACAGAACGGCCCAGGUUGGAAUGGACCUCAAGGAUCAUGAAUCUCCAACCCCCCCACCACAGGGCAGGGUCAACAACCUCCACAUUUAAUAUGUGACCAGGCUGCCCAGGGCCCCAUCCAACCUGGCCUUGAACGGCUCCAGGGAUGGGGCAUCCACAGCCCCUCUGGGCAGCCUGUUCCAGCACCUCACCACUCUCUUGGUAAAUAACUUCCUUCUGACAAAGCCUUGAUGUGCACCCUUAUGAUCAGGUGGAAAUACAGGGGAGAGGAGGUCAUGUGGAACAGUCUCCUGGCUGUUCCCAUUCACUACUUCCCCUGCUGAAGUGGGACUGAAGCCCAGGGCGCGAGCUUUUCAUAUACCGAGCUGAAGUUCUUAUCUUUCAUCUCUGUAAUGACCUCAUCUUGAGAAAUUAUGGCUCUGAGCUGUUCCCUCUUGAUUGGCUGCAUGCACCUGGCCACCUCGUUCUUCCUUUCAGUGCUUGUUUGCAGAGCUCAGGACUUUGCACCCGGUGUAACUGAUCUUACCUCUUAACAAGGUAGUUUCUCUCACUGCCGUUUUUCCCCCCUAUUAAUUUUAUAUGCAGUAUAAAAGUGGACUUUGUUCUGUUCCAGGCUGCAUGUGCCUAAUGACUUGUGAUGCAGGGUCAGAGGCUGGCAUUUCAGGGGUGGCUCUGCCCAAGGAAGGCACUGGGCAGUGAGCAGCCAGCGCAGCACGGGGUGACCUGGGCCGUCCCCCAGGAGGGGUGACACAGAGCUGGCUUGUGGAAAUAGGGCUUGUGGUGGAUCAUGUAGCAAGAGAAGAGAGAUGGGAGGACCUUGAAAAAGGGGCCCUGUCUCUGAGCGUGUAUGCAGAUUAAACUGAAGGGCUGCGAUGGCCACCGCUUGCGGCUGGGGGGAGCAGCUACCAACCAUCCCGUGGUACUGGCUCCCUGCAUCACGUCUGAAUUGCCCUGUUCUCUAAGUUCCAGCUCAGCCCAUCUCCUUGAUGCACACUCACGGCAUCAUGGCCAGCACUCAGGAUCACCUGAGCUUGUCUUCCUCUCCAAACUCCAUCAGCAAAGCUUUCUGUGAGGAUAAAGACUUGUGUAGGCUACACGACGAAUGUGGGCCUACUGGAAACCACCCAUCCCCGGAGCUCAUAGAGGAUAUGCGUGAGAAGGGCUUGCUGCAGACGGACCUCAUGGACAACAUGAGCAGCCCGGUCACUGCGGCCGUGCUGACCAGCAUCAGUGAGGACUCUAGGGACCAAUUUGAGAACAGCGUGCUGCAGCUGCGAGAGCAGGAUGAGUCUGAAACAGCCAUUCCUCAGGGCAACAGGAGCACUAUGGAUGGAGAGAGCAACAGCGGGGCGGACGAUGUUAAAGUGCAGUUCAACAGAUCAGGCAGUGGGAGUGGUGGGUUUCUGGAGGGACUUUUUGGCUGUCUCAGGCCUGUGUGGAACAUCAUAGGCAAGGCGUACUCCACAGACUACAAACUGCAGCAGCAAGAUACGUGGGAGGUGCCGUUUGAGGAGAUCUCAGAGCUGCAGUGGCUGGGCAGUGGUGCACAGGGAGCUGUCUUCCUGGGCAAGUUCCGGGCUGAGGAGGUGGCCAUCAAGAAAGUGAGAGACCAGAACGAAACAGACAUCAAGCACCUGCGGAAACUCAAACACCCCAACAUCAUUGCCUUCAAGGGAGUCUGCACCCAAGCCCCAUGCUACUGUAUUAUCAUGGAGUAUUGUGCACAUGGGCAACUCUACGAAGUCUUGCGAGCGGGGCGGAAAGUCACUCCUCGGCUGCUUGUGGAUUGGUCCACUGGGAUUGCUAGUGGGAUGAAUUAUCUGCACCUUCAUAAAAUCAUCCAUCGAGACCUCAAGUCACCAAAUGUUUUAGUUACACACACGGAUGCAGUUAAAAUCUCAGAUUUUGGUACAUCUAAAGAACUCAGUGACAAAAGUACCAAAAUGUCUUUUGCGGGAACUGUGGCUUGGAUGGCCCCGGAGGUGAUACGCAAUGAGCCUGUUUCUGAAAAAGUGGAUAUCUGGUCAUUUGGAGUAGUUUUGUGGGAGCUGCUUACAGGAGAGAUUCCCUACAAAGAUGUGGACUCCUCCGCCAUCAUUUGGGGAGUGGGCAGCAACAGCUUGCACCUUCCUGUUCCUUCCACCUGCCCAGAUGGCUUCAAAAUCCUCAUGAAGCAGACCUGGCAGAGCAAGCCCCGGAAUCGUCCCUCCUUCCGACAGACACUGAUGCACCUGGAUAUUGCAUCUGCUGAUGUGCUGGCUACUCCUCAGGAAACCUACUUCAAAUCACAGGCUGAAUGGAGAGAAGAGGUGAAGAAGCAUUUUGAGAAGAUUAAAAGCGAAGGAACCUGUAUCCACCGGCUAGAUGAAGAAUUGAUUCGCCGUCGAAGAGAAGAGCUGAGGCACGCAUUGGAUAUCCGUGAGCACUACGAGAGGAAGCUGGAGCGAGCCAACAACUUAUACAUGGAGCUCAGUGCUAUUAUGCUGCAGCUGGAGGUCCGUGAGAAGGAGCUCAUAAAGAGGGAACAAGCAGUGGAAAAGAAAUAUCCUGGGACUUACAAACGCCACCCAGUCAGACCAAUAAUCCACCCCAAUACAGUGGAGAAGCUGAUGAAGAAGAAAGGGGUCUCUCAUAAACCAGGCAGCCAGACUAAACGACCAGAUCUGCUGAAGUCAGAGGGCAUACCCAGUGCAGAAGCAGCAUCCAGUGGCUCACCAGUCUCAGGAAGUCCCAAAAUGUCAGCGCUGAGUGGCAAAAGUCGCUACCGCAGUAAGCCACGUCACCGCCGAGGGAACAGCAAAGGCAGCUACAACGAUUUUGCAGGGAUCUUGAAAAACCAGCCUGUGCAAGAUGAUGCACCCCCACCUCCACCUCAUAAUCAUUCUCAUCACCCCGGUCUACCGCAGCAGCACGGCCAUGGCCAUCCCCAUGGCCAUCACUCACGGCUUCAUGCCCACGGACAGGAUAUUGCCAACUGUGCAAACAACUUACGGUACUUUGGCCCUGCAGCAGCUCUGCGGAGCCCGCUCAGUAACCAUGCACAAAGGCGGAUGUCUGGUUCCAGCCCUGACCUCAUCUCCACUGCCAUGGAAGCAGAUUGCCGGAGGAAUCUAGAGAGCAAAGAGAGCAAAGAGGAUCACUGGGAGUGUUGCAAAACAGAUCAGUACAACUCCUGUCUCCAGUGCAGGGAAGAGGACAGUGGUCAGGUACAGAUGUCAUCUGUUGAAACAGGAGUGAGCCAUUCUCAGUCACCAACAUCCGUUUCCCUAUAUGAAAACGCGCAGUAUAUUGAGAAGAUGGAGGAAGAGGACUUCAGCAACUGCACGUCAGCAUCUGCUCUAGGCACACCACAGCACAUGGCUUCCUCAGUACUACCUUGCAAAGCAAGACCCAUUCAAAAGAGUGGCGAUGACUCCUCAGAAGAGGAAGAGGGCGAAGUUGACAGUGAAGUGGAGUUUCCUCGUAGACAAAGACCUCACCGCUGCAUCAGUAGCUGCCAGUCCUAUUCAACCUUCAGUUCAGAGAACUUCUCUGUGUCAGAUGGAGAGGAGGGGAACACCAGCGAUCACUCCAACAGCCCGGAUGAGCAGGCUGCCAAGCUGGAAGAUGAGCUGGCUGAGAAGCUGGAGGACAUGUUGUCCCAGACUCCAGAGAUCCCCAUUGAAAUCUCCACCCAGUCUGAUGGGCUUUCAGACAAAGAGUGUGCUGUGCGGAGAGUCAAGACUCAGAUGUCUCUGGGGAAACUUUGUACAGAUGAACACAGCUGUGAGAACCCAGCACAGUUUGGAGAAUCAGACUGCGACUCUUCUGAAGGGGAGUGUUCUGAUGCCACAGUCAGGACCAAUAAGCCCUGCAGCUCUGCUACUUGGAAGAGAAGAUGUUUCUCCUUCCCACCCCAGGAGUGAUUUGCAAUAACCCGAAUCUCUGGAAAAUGUCCAAAUGAAAUUAAUUCUCUUUGAGCAUUUCAAUCAAGAAUGGCAGGGAUGUAUUUUAUUGAAUAAUCUAGUUACUGUAACAUGGAUAUUUAUUUUUUUGACAUUUUAACACUUUUUACUGUAAAGAGUGGAUUGUAUUUAUAGACACACAGACUUGUUGCAAAAAAAAAACAAAAACAAAAACAUUCAGAAAGCAAGCACAUUACAGAGAAACAUCCUGGGAGUCCUGCCUGGACAGCUUUGCGUACAGAGCAGGGGAUUCUCUUGCUGCUUUCACAGGGGACCAGGCCUCACGGCCCUGAAGAUUGGAGAACAGUUGAAGAAAACUAAACCACUCCGUCUUAUCACAUGAGGAGGUGUAAAAAAAGACCUUACUGUAAGGUAACCUGUGAACAAAGCGAAUUCAGUAUAACCAGCUGGGUCAGUUUUUGUUUUUUAAUCAGAAGGUGGACGUGUUCCUGGAGAAAACUGGUACCGAGGUGCUAACAUCCAGGGUCUUCUGAGUCAAUGCAUCCCCAGGAAUGUAAUAAUGGGUUUUAUUUUAAGGGUUUUUAGUUUCUUUUUUUUUUUUUUUUUUAAUCAACAUAUGGUUGUGAGAUCCUGCAAAUGUAUUCUAACCUCGUCCUCUCAAGAAUUGGUAUAAGAGCACUUCUUAACAUUGUCCUUGCUUCAGUCUGGCAGCGUUGACCUCCAGUUGAGCAGGGAAUCCUCUUCCAGAUGCAGUGUGCCAUUUCCCAGUUUAUUUCCUCCUCUUACCUCCUGUCUGUUUCAGUCAGCUAAAGAAAUCAAUCAAAUCAGUGUUGGAAAAGUAAGAACUUGGAGAGCAUGUUCUGCAGAGCCCGAGCACUCUUCUGGGGAGGAAACUGGAGAUGCCCGUACUGGACUUGGAGAAGCAGCCUCUCACCUACAACAGCAUCAGUAACCAGCAGAGAGCUGUGUGUUGGGGGGAAAGACUGGGAAUCACUGACCUAGAUCCGAGCAUCAGCCCUGCUCCGUCUCCUUACUGUAUGUUCUUGGAAGCAUUCACAGCUGCCUGCCCUUCAUGUCAGGCUUGGUGCAAAACAGGUUGUGCAGGGAACCUUGUGGCUGUGGCACAGCUGUGUACCCUGUUUCUUCUCUGAGCUGAAACUCUACAGGUGAAAGUGAGGAUAAUGCUGGUAUGUGGACAGGCCAAGGCAUUGGCAGAUGAGAAAAGUUUGUUCUCUGAUAGAACUCAUAGUGCCUUCCCUUCAAACACUACUCUUCUAAAUCGAUAUUUAAAGAGAACAAAACGAUAGAGCACGCCCUCCCCUCCCUUCCCUUUAGCUGAUCUUCCCCUCCAAGAGCUUUCACUCUGCCCUUCGUAGCGUGCUGGCUGACACAGCUGGUGCUGCCCUGCAGCCUGGCACACCAGCCUGAGAUGAACGGCAGGAAUGGACCAUGGACAGGUACUUCUGUUGCUUUGUUUGUUUACAUUUUAUGUUGAAAUAUUGGUUUGAAUUUAUCUGUGGUAAUUUAUAGCCUCGUGGCGAAAUGAAGGAAAAAUGUCUUAUACAGAGAGCAGUAUUGUAUGAGUUAAAUUAUCCCAUAUUUUUAAAUUUUGUAGCUGGACUACACACAGAUCUUAAGUUAUGAUGUUAUUUUAUUAUUUAUUAUCAUUUCUGUAGAUCAGAAGGUUGGCUUCACUGCUAGCACAAUUGUAAUCUGUUUGUGUGACCUUACCUUCUCCCUGGUCACCGGGGGGAUGGGGGCAGAGCUGGUCUUAGUGGCUGUCAGUAGCUGCUGCCUCCCGUGCUUCCCAUGGGUGCUGUCACCCUAGGGCAGGGAACCUGGCACGGCCGGUCAGGGUGGGAUGGCAGCAGGCAGCCAUGGGGUAUUCCUAGUGGGGAUGCUGCAGUUGCUUGUUGUGCUCAUAAGAGUUGGUGGCCCAUGAGCUGGUGGGGAACAGUGACCAGGGAGUGAGCGGCUGUGGCGUUGGUCACAAAGGGAGUCACCUUUACAGAUCCCCCGGCAAAGAGCAUCCAGAAGGACAGGCAGAGAGGUGGGCAGUUACUGCUGGCGCGUGGUGAAUCACUGCUGCAGGACUGUCAGGCAGCGGAGAGGAGAUCAGCUCACCCUGCCUGCAGCAGCAACGCUCAGCUCUGCACUGAGACAGAGCGUGGAGGGGAGUGAAGCUCCUGUCUGGUUUGUUUCGUGUUUACUCUCUCUUCCAUCACUCAUUCUUCCACCCAAAGGCCUCUCCCGUGGCUGGCGGCAUGAGGUGGUCGCAAGGCUUUGCUGUUGUGGUGUGGGAGGUUUUGGUGCAGAUGAGGUGGUACAGAUAGUUACCCAGCAAGCUGGAGGCCAGGGCGUGAGAAUCGAGUGGUGCAGAAUUGUGCAUGUAACACGCACGCAAAGAAAAAGAUCAAACUACUCCAUGAAGAGGUUGAGAACUACCCCUCACAUCUACCAUCGUACCCCCAGGCAGUCCUGCAGCAAUAGGCCCAUGGCAGAGCUGCCUCCAGCUCAGGCCUAUCUCACUCUCUGCUUCAGUCCGUGCUAACUCCGUCCCUACCAAAAAGAUCCUAUGGGGCUUUCGGUAUCUGCGGCCUCUGCUCAGAGCUUCACAAUGUGCUACAACUCCUCUGGGCCUGCAGAGAUGCGGAUGCCUUGGUGUGUGGGAUUUGGGGACCUUCCUGGCCAGCUGUCCCAGGGAAGCAGUGGUUGCUCCCUGCCUUGCCCUGGGACACGCCGGCCCGUUUUGCAGCUGGAGGAGCAGAGCUGGACCCUUGUGGCUGGCUGCAGCAAACACUGCAGCCACACUGGGGCCUGGUUUCUUUGCAUGCCCAGCUCAUCGCAUCGUUACAUCCAGCUUCUCUGCUCCUCGUAGCUGCUGCCUACUAUGCAGCGUCCCUUUCGGACUGCCACUAGGGCUGCCCUUUCCUUGUGUGAACGCACAGCCCUGUAGCGGUGGAGGUGUAAUCCCAGCCCUCUGCCUGCACACACCCCACGUGCAUGGCUGUGCAGGGGGCUGAGCAGUGCUCUGCGUGGUGCCACUGGGCCCGGAUCUGCGCAUGGAUGUCAUCUCCAUCGCUGCAGUUCUGUGCACUUCCUUGCAGUAACACCGUGUUUGCAGGACAGAAGUAAACUGUGUUCCCUUUCCAGCAUCCUGACUUCCCUGAGCCAGUUCUCGUGGCUGCUGACAGCUCCUGAACACUAGCCUAGAUUUUCUCCCAAUGCUGAAUGUUGCCUUCCCCACUGUCGUGUUAAGUAACCAUUUCAUCCUGGCCCUGUCCAGUAGUGUUCACCUCUCUCCUCCCUGCUCUGCGGAUUCCUGAUACAAACUUGAUUUUUUUGUAUUAAACAGUGUACAGUGAUGGAAACAAGAAUGACUAUCAAAGCAAACAAUGCAUGGAAUAAAAAGCCAGUGUAUUUCAA